AUGGGGAGUGGAGCAAGCGCUGAGGACAAGGAACUUGCCAAGAGGUCCAAGGAACUGGAAAAGAAGCUACAAGAGGAUGCAGAUAAAGAGGCAAAGACAGUCAAGCUGCUACUGCUAGGUGCUGGUGAGUCAGGCAAGAGUACAAUUGUCAAACAGAUGAAGAUUAUCCACCAAGAUGGCUACACGGAAGAGGAAUGUUUGGAGUUCAAAGCAGUCAUUUAUGGCAACAUACUACAGUCCAUUUUGGCCAUCAUCAGAGGCAUGACCACUUUGGGAAUAGAUUAUGCUGAUUCAAGCCGAGGGGAUGAUGGGCGACAGCUGUUCAACUUGGCAGACUCCAUUGAAGAGGGAACCAUGCCUCCAGAGCUAGUGGACUGUAUAAAGAAGCUCUGGAAAGAUGGAGGGGUUCAGGCCUGCUUUGAGCGAGCAGCUGAGUACCAGCUGAAUGACUCUGCUGCAUAUUACCUGAACCAACUGGAUAGGAUCACAGCUCCUAACUAUCUACCCAAUGAACAGGAUGUAUUGAGAUCACGAGUUAAAACUACAGGUAUCAUAGAAACAAAGUUCUCUGUCAAAGACCUCAACUUCAGGAUGUUUGACGUAGGUGGACAGAGGUCAGAGCGCAAAAAGUGGAUCCACUGCUUUGAAGGAGUGACUUGCAUCAUCUUCUGUGGAGCUCUCAGUGCUUAUGACAUGGUGUUGGUAGAAGAUGAUGAAGUGAACCGCAUGCAUGAAUCCUUGCAUCUGUUCAACAGUAUAUGCAAUCAUAAGUUCUUUGCUGCUACCUCCAUCAUUCUAUUCCUGAACAAGAAGGACCUUUUUGAAGAAAAGAUCAAGAAAGUACACCUCAGUAUUUGCUUCCCAGAUUAUGAUGGUCCCAAUACAUUUGAAGAUGCAGGCAACUACAUUAAGCUUCAGUUCCUUGAUCUGAACAUGAGAAAAGAUGUGAAAGAAAUCUACAGUCACAUGACUUGUGCCACAGACACACAGAACGUCAAAUUUGUAUUUGAUGCUGUCACAGAUGUCAUCAUCAAGGAGAACCUCAAGGACUGUGGUCUCUUCUAAAUCUUCAUUUUUUAAAGGAAAAAGGACUUCCAGAUAGCUUCACUGUUCUGCUGAGCAGAGCCAACGGAGUAAAUAGAAGUCACCGGACAGUCCACACUUUUCUAUAUCCCAUCCAUGAUGCAAACUGUAUACCUCCAGUAAUAUGAUUAUUCUUCUUUCUGACAUACUCUGCAAUCUGUAAAUUCUGAAACAAAAUGAACAUGAAACAACAAAAUCUCAUCUGCAAACAAGGGAUCAUGUGUCAAACAUUGGACUUUCCUGUCUCUACACAACUGUGAUCUUUUAAAAAGCAUCACUCUCUCUGGGAAAAAUAUAAUCAGUGCUUUUGUGGAUUCUUUGAUAGAAUGGUUCACUUCCUUUACCUACAAAUAGUCUGGACUAUGAUUCUCCUGAUUGUGAAAAUCACCAUCUGAUAAAACCGAAGUCCAAUAACUCCUAUAUUUUAUGUGUGCUCAGAUAAGCCCCAAAACUUGGGUGGCAUCUCUGAAAACUUCUAAAUGAUCACACACUGUUCUCUCAAACUGGUCCAAUUUGUCCCCACAGCCUUAAGUAGGUAAUUUAUUUUCCUUCCAGUAUUCAACUAAAUCAGUACUGAAGGCGUAAUGAACCCAGACUGAAUCUUCCUCUCCAUACUAAUCCCACAGAAUGUAUCAGUACUGAUCUCAGCCCAACUCACUUUACCUCCUGCUGUGGAGACAAUUGCUCUAGCUGUCUCACUUGUCACUGUUAUUAAAAGGUCACAACAGUGUACCAAAGCAAGUCAUAGGGUUAGAUAAUUUCUCCUAACAUAUAGGAAAUAGAAAAGAUUCAAAGUGGAAAUGGUUAUGUCAGGGCUCUCAUUCUGGUAUUUAGAACUGUAUUGUUCUUGACCAUUUGUAAAUAAGUCAUGUUACUAGACAAUAUUCUCUUUGUAUUAAUAUUUACUGGAAAAAAUUGCUUAUACAGCUUCAACUAAAUGUAGAAAAUCCAAAAAUAAAGAAA